AUGAGCAUCUUUUAUCACGAAGAUGAACAAUCACCAAAUCCUUCCAAAAGAUGCAAAUUUCUUGCUGCUUGUCUCACCGAUGCGUUUGCGAAUUGCCAUACCGGCAGAAAGCUUUCGGUUUCGAGCCGUGCGGAGGAGUGCUUGACAAGCGACUUUGAUGAGGAACAGGAAGUUAUUGUGUCUGCGAUUCGAAGCCGUGCUAUGGAAAAGCUGAGGCGCAAGCCGCGCAGCUUCUCAGAUAGCUUUUCUUUCGUCUACUCUUCAAAAUCGGGUGAUUUAUUCAUAACACAGAAAGGAGUGGAAAAGCAGGAGGAUCAUGAAGACGAUGAGAAAGCAGAUUUUUUAUCGGUUGCAAGCUGCCUUUCUUGCUGCUCAAGCGACGCUGCAAGUAGAGACGUGUUUCUUUCUGUCAAGACAAGCUUGUCGCGCUGUUCGAGCCUUAAUGGGAUCGAGUUUAGAGAUUUUCCAAGGCAGUCCAUAAUUCAGCAGUUCCGUCAUUGUGAUGGCUGGCCGUUUGGGCUUUGCCGGAAGGCUGUGUUGCUUCCACCGCUGCCAAAGUCGCCCUCUGAGUCGUGGUUGUGGAAAAAAGGCACUAAGUUUGUUAAGAUGGUUUAAAGUCGGAGCUCCUCCACCCCCACCACCAACAAAGGAGGUUCAAAGUUCAAGUUAUUCAAAGUUAUUUCGUGUCUAGAUGAUUAAAUGGAUGGAAUAUAAUUCAAUUAGAAUAAAGUUUUAGUUGAAAUGGUAAUGUUAUACUUUAUGAUAAGUAAAGCUAUCGUAUAUGCAAAUGCAUAACUGGACCGAAAUGUCUCUAUUUAAAUGUGUUAUAACGAAUUAGUAUA